AACGGUCCGUCACGUGACCGUGGGCCCCGCCUGGGAAAUGCGGGUGGUGGAGCAAGAUGGCGGCUCACCUGUCAUACGGGCGAGUGAACCUGAACGUGCUGCGCGAGGCGGUGCGUCGGGAGCUGCGCGAGUUUCUGGACAAGUGCGCUGGGAGCAAGGCAAUAGUGUGGGAUGAAUACUUAACAGGACCAUUUGGACUGAUUGCACAGUACUCACUACUAAAGGAACAUGAAGUGGAAAAAAUGUUCACCCUCAAAGGAAGUCGUUUGCCAGCGGCUGAUGUCAAGAAUAUCAUUUUUUUGGUCAGACCCAGGCUAGAAUUAAUGGAUAUGAUUGCCGAGAACGUACUCAGUGAGGACAGGCGUGGCCCUACCAGGGAUUUCCAUAUUUUGUUUGUGCCUCGUCGGAGCCUACUGUGUGAGCAAAGGCUGAAGGACCUGGGUGUGUUGGGAUCCUUUAUUUAUCGAGAGGAGUACAGUUUAGAUCUCAUUCCAUUUGAUGGGGACCUCUUAUCCAUGGAGUCAGAGAGCGCUUUCAAAGAAUGCUACCUUGAAGGCGACCAGACAAGCCUGUACCACGCAGCCAAGGGGCUGAUGACCCUGCAGGCGCUGUAUGGAACUAUCCCCCAGAUCUUUGGGAAAGGAGAGUGUGCUCGGCAAGUGGCCAAUAUGAUGGUCAGGAUGAAAAGGGAGUUUACAGGCAGCCAAAACUCAGUGUUCCCCGUGUUUGAUAACCUCUUGCUGCUUGAUCGCAACGUGGAUCUGCUGACGCCGCUCGCCUCCCAGCUCACGUACGAAGGACUCAUCGACGAGAUUUACGGCAUUCAGAACAGUUAUGUGAAGUUACCUCCAGAGAAAUUUGCACCCAAGAAGCAGGGCGGUGGUGGCGGGAAGGACCUUCCCACAGAGGCAAAGAAGCUUCAGCUCAACUCCGCAGAGGAACUCUAUGCCGAGAUCCGAGACAAGAACUUCAACGCUGUGGGCUCCGUGCUCAGCAAGAAGGCGAAGAUCAUCUCCGCGGCCUUUGAGGUGAGGCGAGCCAUCCUGUCGGCCAUCCUGCCCGGGAAUGUUGAGGGAAGGAUGCUCCUGGCCAUACACAGGAGCUUUGCGGCUCAGACUCCUGUUUGCCUGAGAUGUUUAGUGUGUAAUCAGGUUUAAACCAAACUAAGAAGGCGGAAGGAACCUUAUUAGAAAACAAUCCCUUGAUGCACUCACAGUCUACCAACUAUUAAAGACAAGAGCAGAUUUGCAUGCUAGAGAGGUCCCCAUGCUUGCUGACUUUUAUGUAAAGAAUUGAAUCUUGGCUGAAUAUUUGAUAAUCUGGACCUAGGGCACCUUCAGUGUUGUUCGCUUUGUUUUCAGAAUGAGGUGAUACUUUGAUUUUAUAAUUGUGAGUACAUAUACAUAAUAUACAGCACAGAAUGGCAGGGGUAUGUUUAGGGCCAUUCCAAAAUAAUGGAACCAGGCAUGGCUGCCACCACUUUAAUCCAGCGCUUGAGAAGCAGCGGCAGAUGGGUGUCUGGCCAGCCAGGGCUGCAAGCGAGACCUCGCCUCAAAAAAAAAAGAGGUGGAGAAAGAAAAGAAAAUCAUCCUUGGAAAUUAAAGGUUCUCAAACUGUGUGUGUGUGUGUGUGUGUGUGUGUGUGUGUGUGUGUGUGUGUGUGUGUGUGUACACGUGUACCACUUGUGCAUAUGGAAGCCAGAGAUCACCCUACUUUAGGUGAUGUUUCUCAGGAGCUAUUGGGAUUUGUUUUUUGUUUUGUUUGUUUGUUUGUUUGUUUGUUUGUUUUUGAGAUGAGGUCUCUUUCUGUAGUCCCGGCUAUCCUAGAACUUACUUUGUAGACCAGGCUGGCCUUGAACUCAGAGGUCUGACUGCCUCUGCCUCCUGAGUGCUGGAAUUAAAGGCGCCACUGCCCGGCUCCUUACCUUGGAUGUGUGUUGUUUUUUGUUUUGUGUUUUUGAGACAAGGUCUCUAGUCCUUCAGCACAGGCUGCUGGCCAGCAAGGCUCCAGGAUCCCCAAGCCCCACCAUCUCUCCUUCUCCAGCACUGAGAGUACAAAUGCAUGCCACUGCCCUUUUUUUCCCCUUUAGAUUUAUUUAUUUUUAUGUAGAUGAGUGCCUGACCUGCAUGUGUGUUUGUACACCACAUCCAAGCCUCGUGCCAUUGGAAGUCAGAACAGGGCUUGGAUCUCCUGGAGCAGUGAGCACCCAGUGAGUGCUAGGAACUGAACCCUGGUCCUGUGUACGAGCUUCAGUGUUCUCAACGUCUGAGCCAUUUUCUCAUCUUGUACCAUCAGCUCUUUAUAUAGGUUCUGGGUGUCAGACUCCCAUCCUGACACCUCCCAUCCGAUACCUAUCGUCCCGACACCUCCCGUCCCAACACCUCCCGUCCC